UAACCCAAGGCCUUGGCGCCCUUCCAGCUGGAGAAGGGAGGGAAGCAGUCCUUAAAAUAGCAAGCGCUGCCUGCCUGGGCGUCCCAGGCCCGAACAAUGGGGCGCUGCGAAGGGGGUGGGGGUGCGCACUUGAUUGACAGCCGGCUUGUCCUCCGAAGGCGCGGCGGCUUAUAUAGAGGCUGGAGGUGGGGAAGGCAGAGCUAGAGAGACAGAGACAAGCAGGGAGGGAGGCUGGGUGCGGGUGAGAGGGAGCCACAGAGCCAGGCGCAGCGGGAAGGCGGAUCCCUGGAUCUCCUGGCCAGGCGAACUCCUCUGGCCAGCCUCUUCUCUCUUUUUGGCUAAAGCUGCCAGCCUCCGCCUACCCCCCAGUUCCGGCCAAACUCCGCUCCCCUUCCCCGGCGCGGUUCGCUUUCCUCCGCCCUCCUCGCCGCGCUUUCCUCGGGGACUCCUCGCUCGGCGCUCCAGCCAUGCACUGCCAAGCCGAAGCCCGGCUGGCUCCCCCGGGGCCGCUGAAAGCAGCCAGGCGGCGCUACAAGACUUUCAUGAUAGACGAGAUCCUGUCCAAGGAGACGUGUGAUUACUUCGAGAAGCUUUCGCUCUACUCCGUCUGCCCGGCGUCGCUCAUCGUCCGGCCAAAACCCCUCCACUCCUGCUCCGGCUCCCCUUCUCUGAGGGCCUAUCCUCUCAUCUCUGUCAUCACCAGGCAGCCCUCGGCCGUCUCCCACUUCAUCCCUGCCGCCGGCACUUCCCGCGUCCUCUCGCCACACCCGACGCCGGGGAGCACCUGCUCAGAGACCCAGGCCAGCGAGACCCACGGGAGCAGCGAGUCGGAGGCGGAGCAGUCCGCACCUCGCUUGAAGAAGCCUCGACGCAGCCGCACCAUCUUCACGGAGCUGCAGCUCAUGGGGCUAGAGAAGAAGUUCCAGAAGCAGAAGUACCUCUCCACUCCAGACAGGCUGGAUCUGGCUCAGUCCCUGGGCCUAACUCAACUUCAGGUGAAGACUUGGUACCAGAAUCGCAGGAUGAAGUGGAAGAAAAUGGUCCUGAAAGGUGGGCAGGAGGCCCCCACAAAACCCAAAGGCCGCCCCAAGAAAAACUCAAUUCCCAGCUCCGAAGAGAUCGAAGCAGAGGAGAAGAUGAACAGCCAAGCUCACCAGCCGGCUUUGGAGGAAAGCCAGGCCACGGAAGAGUGUGGGUUGACCGGGGACCCAUUGGAUGCCCCCUCAGAGACAGAGGAAUCUCCUAAAAACACAGCUGAAACCCCUCUGGGAGAAACUGCAUCAAGUUAAGAGGGAGAGGGAGAAAGAGAGA